AUGCACGCCACCUCAACCAGCACCAGAGCCUUGCGAGUCCUUUUCGGACUCUGCCUUUUGCUGAGCCUCGAUCGUGCGUCGGCCCAGAAUCUGGCAGAGGCUAGCGAAGACUCGAACCCGUCGGAGCCCCGGGCGCACUCGGCGAAUAGUGUGUCAUACUUUAGGGCGUCGAUUCCAAUGCGAAUCUACGAGUGUCUGCGGGAGUCCAGCAUGCUGCACUGCACCAAGCUGUAUGUGCUGCAAAAGAUGGAGGAGCGACGCCAGAUGGCCAGCUCGGGCAACCUGACCAGGGACUUCCUCGACCAGUUCUUCGGCGAGGAGACCCAGAUGGGUAGCCUCAUUUCGCAGAAGUACCAGCAGAUGUCGGAGAAGGAGCUGAAUCAGCGGCUGGUCGUGAACUUCCAGCGCUUUUUCAAGCACCGCGAUCUCAAGCUACACUUCCUGUCCGGCAUGCUGGUCAAGAUAGUCCCCAGCAAGGACAACAAGCUAAAGUUCUCCCUGAAAAAGGCUGGCAAAUCCCGCGUGGGACGUGCCAGACGACGCGAAACGGAGGAGCUUGAGCUGAAUCUUAUGAACAUUCCCUCGAUUGGCGGAGUGGGCGGCAACAGCGGCAGCGUGGAGAACUACGAGCCGGAGGCGGAGGGCGACUCCAAGCAGCAGGGGCUCCUGGGCGGCGGCGGUGGCGGUGCCGAAGAUGGUGGCGGGAUCGGCGGCGGACUCUUGAGAAAGCGGAAGCACAAAAAGAACUCCAAUAAGGUGACCAUGAUGCAGGUGGCCGUUCCCAUGCUGAUCUUUCCCAUCGUCCUGCUGGGCAGCCUGCUGCCCUUCAUCCUGCCUGCCCUCAAGAUGGCCACCAUUAUGUCGCUGGUGAUGAACAAUGGCGCCUUCUUGGCCGCCCUGCUCUAUGCCGCUCGCACCCAGUUCAACACCCACGAGGAGCAGCAGCACAUCAGCUACAGUUAG